CUCGCAAUCCUUCCAUCGCUCUCGCCCCCUCUCCCUCCGUCCCGUCCUCUCCGCUCCCCUCACCCCGCCUCUCUCCCCCUCCCCCAGUCCCUCCUCUCCUCACCCCACCCUGCCUCCCUCCCUCCCUCCCUCCGCCCGCCUGCCCGGCGCUCGCUGAGCCGACACCAGGGGGGCUCUCGAUGUAGCACCAUGACAGGCAUCGCCGCCGCCUCCUUCUUCUCCAAUACCUGCCGAUUCGGGGGCUGCGGACUCCACUUCCCCACCCUGGCCGACCUCAUCGAGCACAUCGAGGACAACCACAUCGAUACAGAUCCACGUGUUUUAGAAAAACAAGAAUUACAGCAGCCAACCUAUGUUGCCCUCAGUUACAUUAAUAGAUUCAUGACAGACGCUGCCCGCCGGGAGCAGGAGUCCCUGAAGAAGAAGAUUCAGCCGAAGCUGUCGCUGACCUUGUCCAGCUCGGUGUCUCGCGGAAAUGUGUCCACUCCACCACGUCACAGCAGCGGAAGCCUUACUCCCCCCGUGACCCCGCCCAUCACCCCCUCCUCUUCAUUCCGCAGCAGCACCCCAACAGGCAGUGAGUACGACGAGGAGGAGGUGGAUUACGAGGAGUCGGACAGCGAUGAGUCCUGGACCACAGAGAGCGCCAUCAGCUCCGAAGCCAUCCUCAGCUCCAUGUGCAUGAACGGAGGGGAGGAGAAGCCUUUCGCCUGCCCGGUUCCUGGAUGCAAAAAGAGAUACAAGAAUGUGAAUGGCAUAAAGUACCAUGCUAAGAAUGGUCACAGAACACAGAUUCGUGUCCGCAAACCAUUCAAAUGCCGCUGUGGUAAGAGUUACAAGACAGCUCAGGGCCUGAGGCACCACACAAUCAAUUUCCAUCCCCCAGUGUCGGCUGAGAUUAUCAGGAAGAUGCAGCAAUAACAUGCUGGUCAUAACUGUGCCAAGAAAUCCUCACCAGCAGUUGCUGAUUUUGAAAACAGCCACCUUUUUCAGGGGAAGCAUUCAGCAACCCUUUAAAGAAUUAAAUGCAUGCUUUAAAUUUUUUCUGUAAUUUUGGAAUGAUGUAUCUUUGUAGAGUUAAUGAUUUUGUACAUUUGCACAUGUAAUCAUCAUACCCAUUUUCAUUACUUUGAUAUAAGGUGCUAAACAAACAAACAAAAAAGCUCUAGGUUCUUCAGCACAUUUCCCCCAAAACAAAAUAAAAACGGAGGGCAUGUUGCAUAUGUUUAGUUGUACUGCAGUGAUCUCGACUGGGGGGGAGGAGGGGCUGGCACUGAGGUGUUUUUUUUCCCCAAGAUUGUAAUGUGAUUGAAGUUUUUCAACACAUUGACUCAUUGUGUUCAAAACCAAAAUAAUACUUUCACUAUCAAACUGGUUACCAUGCCUUACAUAAUGGAGUUAUUAGUACUUGUGAGUAGAAAGACUUUAGGUAAUGGAAAUAUAAAUAAGAAAGAAUGUUUAACAUAAUAUGCUAAAAAUAUUUUCAUAUUUAAAUAACAUACAUAAAAGGUGUGCUUUCUGUGUUUUAUAUUAUCUUGCAAAUCCUUUUGCCCUUUAAAAAGCUGAAAAUCUUGCCAUCUGACUUACCAAUCAUUUUAGUGUUAUGACAUUUUUGUAUGAAAAGUCUAUUCAGUUCACUCAUUAACACACAUUCAUCGAGUGCCUGCUGGGUGCAAGGGAUUCAAUUUAUGCCUGUUGCUAUCUGUGGACCAAGAUACCAGUUUAGUGAAAUACCUUUACCUGAAAUCUGUUAGGAAACACUUUGAAAUACUUAAGUGCAAAUUUUGUGUGUGUGCGAUCUAGUUCUAGCUUCAUCUUUAGGUGAAGUUUCAAAGCACUUUGUAGUUCUCUAUUGCCAACAGAUUUAAUGUUUUAUGUGUUGCCAAUUCUUGCAACCACUGCCCUAACAAACCUGUGGGUUGCAAAUAAGAAUUACAAUUCCAAGCAUGUUUCAAAGAGGUACAUUUUGUUGAGACCCCAUCACCUUUCCUUCAUGCCCACUGUGUUUUUACUUUUUUUGAAGGCACUUUUUCCAUCACAUUGUAGAUGUCUGUAUUCCCAUUGGAAAUGUCUGUUUAGCUUUAUAAGACAUUUUGCUGAAAUAUGAAAUUGAGCCUUAUUGACAAUUAAGUGCUUCUUGCAGCAGGUGGUCAAAGAGUGACUAACACAUGACCCGUUAAAGAGUAUAACCUAUGUCUGGACCAUUCCUCAAGUUUUACUUACCAACAAAUACCAUCAUGCCUUGAAUGUUCAUUUCUCCCAAGUGCUGUUCCUUAAACAUGAGAGUUUACCAGCUGCCUAAUUAUGCAAUAAAAAUUGCUCUGAGAUGGCUAACUGCCCACGACACUGGGGAAACGCAAACUCAAAAUGCUUAUAACUUGGUUCACAUGUUUCCAUUUGUUGAAAGUCUUACAGAUGGGAAGCAGGUGUCCCUCCUCAAUUUUUC